CGAGCGGGGGCGUGCUGAUACGCUCGAGCACACUCGCUCGAGUAAAAAUUUGUGGUGGCUUCAUCAGCCUCGUUCUGCCUCGUUGAAUAUGCCAGGGCCUGGUGUAGGCCUAAUUUCACUAGGCAAAUUCAGAAUGUAAGUGCUUUGAAUUUAAAACAGCAAGUCACAGUCAGCAGUCGAAUGAGGAAUACAAGUUAUACACUUUACAUCCAGGGCUUUUGAUCACAACUGCCCUUAUGAAAAUCUACGGCUGGGGAUCCUACAGCGAUCAUCAACUUGGCCUAGGCCAUCUGAAUGAUGAGAAUACUUUGAGUCCUAUAGAGGUGACACAUUUCCAAGGUCGUAGUGUUCGGCAAAUAGCUUGUGGCCAUAGGCACACUCUAUUUGUUUUAGAUGAUGGCACGGUGUACAGUUGCGGCAAUAAUGAACAGGGUCAACUUGGACAUGACAAAACAAGCAGUUUUCCAGAGCAAAUAAAAGCAUUGGAAACAUUCUCAAUCAGACAAGCUGCUUGCGGAUAUGCUCAUAAUGUUGUUAUCAAUAACAAAGGACAGUUGUUAAGCUGGGGCAGGAACAUUGAGGGGCAGUGUGCUCAAAGUUUAGCAGACCUUCAAUCUAGGUCUAGAGCUAAACCAAGGGUUAUCAAGUCUUUAUCAAGUCACUUUAUUGUCCAAGUCUCCUGUGGAUUGCAUCAUACAUUAGCUCUAACAAAAGAUGGAAAAAUAUUUUCUUGGGGAGAUAACAAUUUUGGACAGCUGGGGCGAUCUGGGUCACCAAAACGAGUAUUCUCUGACCCAACUGAGUUACGUUGCUUGAAUGGACUUGCCUUUAAGCAGAUCACGUGUGGUGGGAGGCAUUCGUUUGCCUUAACUUUCAGUGGGACAAUAUUUGGUUGGGGAUACAACAAGUCUGGUCAGCUUGGCCUCAAUGACAGAAAAGAUCGUUUUGCUCCUACUCACCUAAAGAGUCUUCGAUCACAACAUGUUAAAUACAUGGCAUGUGGGGAAAACCAUUCUGUUAUGCUGACUUCGAAUGGUGGAGUAUUUACCUUUGGUGAUGGUACCUAUGGCCAGCUAGGCCACAAUUCAAAUGCAGAUGAAAUCAAUCCAAAGAAAGUUCUAGAACUGAUGGGAAGUACGGUGACACAGGUUGUGUGUGGAAGAGAACACACAUUAGCAUUUGUGCUUUCUUCAGGUAGAAUAUACUCAUUUGGGUCAUCAGAAUAUGGACAGUUAGGCCUUGGGUCAUGGAACCCUAGCACCAGUCCAUUGACUGUCAAUGGCCCGUGGGUGCCAAUUGGGCCAGAACAAACACCUAUGGGCUUUGAGGCAGGGGAGGGGAUGGUGAUACAGAACAUAUACAGUGGGGGACAUCAUUGCUUUUGUGUUGCAUCUCAGCCUCAGUAUGAAUGCGAGCCUGUGGAUCAUCGUCUUCCAACUCCAGACUGUGCUAUUUAUCGGUUAGAUGAACAAUUUAUAAAGAGCUUAGCAGAUUCUUCAAAUGGGACCCCUGCUCCUGAUGACAUCUAUGCAAUGAUAAAAGAACGGUUCUCUUCUCAAGCUUGUCUUAAUAAUUCCUUUCUGACUGAUGAAGACAGACACUAUGGUUGUGGUCGUCAGAAUCAUGGUGUGGACCUAGACAAAGCAAGAGAACAACUACAAAUGCUAGGUGACAAGCAUAACAUCCUAUCAAAGAUUUCUCAGGUAAUAUUUAGGAAUCUCGGUCCCUCAUUACCAACUUCACCCCCUGACAUAGAAGCGCUUCGACUCUACCUGUUACUGAUGGAAUGUCCCACAAUGCAAUAUCCUGACAUGUACCUUGAUUCAAUUUUAAGCAUUGGUUUGUCGUUAACAAGAUUAUCAAGUGCUGGAGCCAAGGUGAUCGAUACGUGGUGGGCAAGUUUCCAACCACGGCACAUGAACCGGAUUCUAACAAUCUACAAGAAAGCAGUCGUUUAUUUACACCAGAAUCCAAACAGUGUGCUUGAGCACAGUGUGGAAAUAUCAAUGAAUGUGCUCGAUAAACUACACAGGGUGAAUAUUGCUAAGGGAGAGAUUGUUCCGUAUUAUUUAUUUUACAUUCCUGAAAUUACCGAUGAAGAUGUGCUUCGUCAGCACUAUAUGGUUUGGCUGAGGCAACAGACUGAUCAUAUCCGAUUGUUUACUUUCUGUAACUAUCCUUUCAUAUUUGAUGGGAAUGCAAAGACAAUAAUACUUCACCUGGAUGCCACAUUUCAAAUGCAGUUUGCACUGGAAAAUGUACAUAGACAGAAUUUCCAAAGCAUGCUGCAACCUAGUUUUAUAGACCCAGUCAAUCCAUGCUUGGUUUUGUAUAUUCGACGAGAUGCUAUAUUACACACAACACUAGACCAGUUGUCCAAGCAAGGCACCACAGACCUAAAGAAGCCACUAAGGGUUGUCUUUAUGGGUGAGGAAGCAAUGGAUGUAGGAGGAGUUAAAAAGGAGUUCUUUCUCUUGAUUUUUAAAGAGAUUCUUGAUCCAAAGUUUGGAAUGUUUAAGUUUUACAGUAAUAAUUCUACUAUAUGGUUCAACUCAAAGUCGUUUGAGGAAAGAUCAAUGUUUCAUUUAGUGGGAAUUCUUGCCGGACUUGCAAUUUAUAAUCACACAAUUAUCGAUCUUCCAUUCUCAUUAGCACUUUACAAGAAACUUUUACAAAGGCCAGUUAACCUUGAAGACAUGAAGCACUUGGACCCCAUUGUAGCCUCAAGUAUGGAAGCAUUACUCGACUAUGAAGACCCCAAUCUUGAGGAAGUGUUCGACCUUGACUUUCAAAUUUCUGAGGAAGCAUUUGGACAAACGGAAACUAUCGAGCUGAUACCUGGAGGAAAGGAUGUUCGUGUUACGAUUCACAACAAACAGGAGUAUGUGAACCUGUAUAUUGACUAUAUCUUCAAUGAAUCAGUGAAGGAUCAAUAUAGUGCUUUUGCAGAGGGGUUCUUACAGGUCUGUGGUGGACCAGUGUUGCAGCUGUUCCACCCGCAGGAGCUUAUGGCUAUGGUUGUUGGCAAUGAAAAUUAUGAUUGGGAAGAAUUUGAACAUAUUGUUGAGUACAAGUCCAUUUAUCAUAAAAACAAUGAGACAAUUAGAUUUUUCUGGGAAGUUUUUCAUGAGCUUACUAUUGAACAAAAAAGGAAAUUUUUGGUGUUUCUAACUGGUAGCGACAGGAUUCCGGUGCGAGGAAUGUCUCAGGUCAAAAUGAUAAUCCAGCCGGUGUUUGGCAGUACCGACUUCCUUCCCGUUGCUCACACCUGCUUCAACCUGUUGGAUUUGCCCAUGUAUGAAAGCAAAGAAAAAAUGAGAGAAAAAUUCUUAAUGGCUGUAGAAAAUGCACAAGGAUUUGGACUAGUGUAAUGUUUCAUCUACAUUAUCAGAUUUUAUAUAACAAAUUUGUGUGAAUUGCCUGUAUAUGGCUAUGAUGAGGUCAUAUCACAUCCACAUAUGUACAUGAUGAUAUCAUAUAUGAAUACAUAUACAUAUAUGAAUAUCCAUAUAUGGGCAAAUCACAUACAUUGUCACAUGUAAAUUGAUAGUAUUGAUAGAGCUCUGUCCACAUAUAAAAAUUUAUGUGAUAACAUUGUGUAAUGUGCCCAUAUAUGGGCUCGAUGAUGUCAUAUAUGAAUGCAUAUGCAUAUAUGAAUACCCAUAUAUGGGCAAAUCACAUACAUUUGUCACUUAAAAUUUGAUAGUAUUGAUACUGCUCUGUCCACAUUAAAUUUUAUGUGAUAAAAUUGUGUGAUGUGCACAUAUAUGGACAUGAUGAUGUCAUAUUAUACCCAAAUAUGGGCAUAUCACAUUUAUUUGUCACAUGAAAUUGUGGACAUAAACAUCAAAUGUAGGGUUGGUGCUGUCUCACAUUGUUACAUGACUUUUGUUGUAUCUUGAAUUGUAAAUAAUGAAAGGAAAAUACCAAAGUUCACUGAAAUCACAAACACUAUUGUUAUUUUAUUAUACAAUAAUUAUUGUUAUUAUUAUUAUUAUUAUUGUUGUUGUUUUUUUUUUUAUUUUAUUAAUUUCUG